AUGAAGAAGAGCGAUGGAAGCAAGAAGCAGCGGCUCACGGGAAUUUCGAAGCUGGACGAUGCGAACGAUGCAGGUGGACGCAACUCCGAGCACUGCACCCUGAUUCUUACGGAGGGAGACUCUGCGAAGGCUCUUGCUGUGAGCGGCUUGAGUGUUGUUGGUCGUGACAAGUACGGAGUAUUCCCGCUGCGUGGGAAGCUACUGAACGUCAGGGAUGCACCUGCCAAGCAGUUAACAGAGAACGCAGAGAUCACCAACAUCAAGCAAAUCAUGGGGCUUCAGCAGGGAAAGCACUACGACAGCACCAAAUCCUUGCGAUACGGCCAUCUGAUGAUCAUGACUGAUCAGGGCCUCCUCAUCAACUUCCUCCACGCCUUUUGGCCGUCACUUCUGAAGCAACCCAACUUCCUGCUGGAGUUCAUCACGCCCAUCGUCAAGGCUACUGGGCCCCGUGGAAAGGUUCUUUCCUUCUACACCAUGCCCGAGUACGAGUCUUGGAAAGAAUCCCUUGGAGGAAGUACUAAAGGAUGGUCCAUCAAGUACUAUAAGGGUCUGGGAACAAGCACUCCGAAGGAAGCUAAAGAGUAUUUUGCAGCCCUUGAUCAGCACCGGAAGAGCUUUGAGUGGAGCGGAGAAGAGGAUGGCGAAAGCAUUGAAAUGGCGUUCAGCAAGAAGAAGGUGGAAGACAGGAAGACCUGGCUGCGUAAUGUGGAGCCUGGGACGUACCUCGAUCAAAGUGCGAAGACGAUCACCUACAGCGACUUUGUCAACAAGGAGCUGGUCCUGUUCUCCAUUGCGGACAACCUGCGAUCCAUUCCAUCUGUCAUGGAUGGCCUCAAGCCUGGCCAGAGAAAGAUCCUCUUCAGUUGCUUCAAGAGGAAGCUGAAGAGUGACGUGAAGGUGGCACAACUGGCUGGUUACAUCUCCGAGCACUCGGCAUACCACCAUGGUGAAAUGAGCUUGAUGACCACCAUCAUUGGUCUCGCCCAGGAUUUCGUGGGUAGCAACAACAUCAACCUGCUGGUACCCAGUGGCCAGUUUGGCACCCGCCUUCAGGGAGGGAAAGAUGCUGCCAGCCCUCGUUACAUCUACACCAGGCUGCACAAACUCACACGGAUUCUUUUCUCGGAGGUGGACGAUGCCCUUCUGGACUUCCUGAACGAAGACGGACAGAAGAUUGAGCCGACAUGGUACCUUCCGAUCCUCCCCUUGGUCCUUGUCAACGGAAGUGAAGGGAUUGGCACUGGGUGGAGCUCCUAUGUGCCAACGUUCAACCCGCGCGACAUCGUUGACAACCUCAAGCUGCUGAUGAGGGGCGAGGAGAUGGAGCCGUUGCACCCCUGGUUCCGUGGGUUCAAGGGAACUGUGGAACACAACAGCAACAAGGACGGUCGGAACUACAUCGUGACUGGAACCAUCAACAAGGUCAGCGACACCGUUCUGGAGAUCACGGAGCUGCCCAUCCGAACCUGGACGCAGAACUACAAGGAGUUCCUGGAGGGGAUGAUGGUGGUAAACGACAAGAACAAGGAGCCAUUCAUCAAGGACAUGCGGGAGCAUCACACUGACACCACUGUGCAUUUUGAGGUGCACUUGUCGCCAGAGGGAAUGGCGACUGCGGAGGCUGAAGGUCUGAUCAAGCGCUUCAAGCUGACGGCAUCAGUAGCAACCAGCAACAUGCAUCUCUUUGACAAGGAUGGGAGGAUGAGGAAGUACGAAACUCCGGAAGAAAUCAUUGAGGAGUUUUAUCACAUUCGGCUGGAGUACUACAGGAAGAGAAAGGAUAUUCAACUGGAGCAACUUCGAAAUGAACUCAUCAAGCUGGACAACAGAGUGAGGUUCAUCCUUGCAGUUGUGCGUGGAGAGAUCAUCGUCAGCAACAGGAAGAAGGCGGAGCUUCUGGCUGAACUCAAGGAGAAGAAGUUUGCACCCUUGCCAAAGGGCAAGGUCAUCUCGAGUGGUGGUUCAUCCACAGCAGCAGAUGAGGAGGGUGAAGAUGAGGAGGAGUCGGGUGAAGAGGAAGGGGGCUCGAAGGCUAAGAAGGGGGGCGAUGGUGGCUAUGACUAUCUUCUUGGCAUGCCACUGUGGAGUUUGACCCUGGAGAGGGUUCAAGAGCUUCUGAGGGAUCAGAAGAAGAACCAAGACGACCACGAUGCUCUGUUGAAGACGGAGCCCAAGGACCUCUGGGAGAGAGACCUGGACAUGUUCCUUGAGGAGCUUGAGGUUGCGGAGGAAGAGGCGGCUCAGGAGAAGGCCAAGGAGGUGGCAGGCAAGCCUGGCAAGGGGAAGGGUCGUGUUACCAAGGCAGUGGCUGCCAAACCCAAAAGGGCACAGAAGAAGGCUCAAAUCUUCAGUGAUGAGGAGAUGGAUUUCAUCUCAGACUCAGAUGAUGACUUCAUGGAAGAUGCCAAGGUGAGGCGAGGAAAGGGCGCUGCCGCUACUGCAGCAAAGCCGACAGCAGUGGCUGCUACAACAAAACCACAGGCAUCCGUACCUCUUGUUCAGGCACCAAAACCGGAGGUGGUCAAACCUGCUCCCAAGGCGAAACCUGCUCCCAAGCCAAAAGAACCUGCUGGAUCUGAUUACGACAGUGAUGAGGACUUCGGAGGAAGCCUCAGGGAGAGGCUUGCAGCCAUGGCAGCGAAGAUGUCGCUGCAAGAAAAACCUUCAGGGGGAGCUUCCACAGCAGAAGUGAAGCCCGCAGCUUCCAAGAGAGAACCUGCCAAGAAGGCCGCCACAAAGCGACCUGCCACCAAGAAAAUGGAGGAGAAGGUGGAGAAACCAGCUCUUGGUGAUGAGUUUGAAUUCCUUGAUGAGGUGGACAUUAAGUCUCCUGUGAAGGAGCCUGUGAGCAAGGUGCAACGAAUGCGCCCAUCGCCUUUUAGCAAGAAGAGCGGUAUGCCAGCAGCUGCAGCAGCAGAAGGUCGCACCCAUCUCUCCCGUGGGGCUCAAAAGAAGCCGGCUGUGGUGCUCAGUGAUGACAGCGAUGAGAGUGAGGAGAGCGAGGACGAUUUCCAGGACUUCAGCGAGGAGGAGUACUAG